UAUUAGUAAAUUGUGCUAAAUACUAUGUGUUUGUGAACUUGCUGUGAAUCUAUUUCAAAAAGAUUCUUGUUUAUAUUUCUGAUUUUGAUAGUUAUUUUGUGUUUUUUCGAUCUAAAUAAUCAUGUCUGUGAGUGAAAAAGUUUCGCUUUCUGAUGCUCUAAGCAAUGUUGAUGUUUUGGAUGAGCUAACAUUGCCCGACGAACAACCGUGCAUAGAAGCAGCGCCAUGUUCUAUCCUGUACCAGGCAAACUUCGAUACAAACUUCGAAGACAGGAACGGCUUUGUGACUGGUAUCGCCAAGUACAUUGAGGAGGCUACUGUACACGCAAACCUGAACGAGCUGCUAGAGGAAGGCAACGCCCACGCCGUGAUGCUGUACACCUGGAGAUGCUGUAGUCGAGCCAUCCCCCAGCCGAGAUCUAACGAGCAACCAGACAGAGUGCAUAUAUACGAGCGGACGGUACAGGUGCUUGCUCCGGAAGUUGACAAACUCCUGCAGUUUAUGUACUUUCAGCGUAAAGCAAUCGAAAGGUUCUGCGGCGAGGUCCGGAGGCUGUGUCACGCCGAGAAGAGGCGGGAUUUCGUGUCCGAGGCCUAUCUGCUGACUCUGGGCAAGUUUGUCAACAUGUUCGCAGUGCUGGACGAGCUCAAGAACAUGAAGAGCUCCGUUAAGAACGAUUACUCGACGUAUAGACGAGCUGCCCAGUUCCUUAAAGUGAUGUCAGACAGCCAAAGUCUCCAGGAGUCCCAGAACCUCUCCAUGUUUCUUGCAACGCAGAACAAGAUCAGGGACACGGUGAAGGACGCCCUGGAGAAGAUUAAUGGGUACGAAGACCUACUCGCUGAUGUGGUCAACAUAUGCGUACAUAUGUUUGAAACUAAAAUGUACCUCACUCCCUCUGAGAAGCAUAUGCUUGUUAAAGUGAUGGGUUUUGGUUUGUUCCUAAUGGACUCCGAAAUUUGCAAUAUCAACAGAUUGGAUCAAAAGAAAAAGAUACGUUUGGACCGUAUAGACAGGAUAUUUAAGAAUCUGGAGGUGGUUCCCCUGUUCGGAGAUAUGCAGAUAGCUCCGUUCAACUACAUUAAGAGAUCGAAGCACUACGAUCCCAGCAAAUGGCCGCUGUCCUCAAGUCCGAACCCACCCUCCCCGCAGGCCGACCUGAUGGUCCACCUGCCCCAGAUAAGGGAGGAACAUCAGAAUUAUAUAUCGGAACUGGCGAGGUACAGUAAUGAGGUGACGACCACGUUCAAGGAGGCGGGCUCGGACGCGGAGAACCGCGCGGUGACCGAGCUGUGCCUGCGGGGCCUGCAGCUGCUGUCGUCCUGGUGCUCCGUGCUGACGGAGCUGUGCUCCUGGAAGCUGCUGCACCCCACCGACCACGCGACCAACCCGCGCUGCCCGCCCGACGCCGAGGAGUACGAGCGGGCCACCCGUUACAACUACACAUCGGAAGAGAAGUUCGCGAUGAUCGAGGUGAUAGCCAUGAUCAAGGGUCUCCAAGUCCUCAUGGCUAGGAUGGAGACAGUCUUCGCUGAUGCAGCGCGACGGUCCAUUUACGCUGAACUGCAGGACUUUGUCCAGUUGAUGCUGAGGGAGCCUCUCCGGAAGGCAAUCAAAAAUAAGAAAGAUUUGAUACGAAGUAUAAUAGUGUCGGUGAGAGAGACGUGCGGCGACUGGGCAAGGGGCUGUGAACCCCAGCAGGAUCCAGCUUUACGUGGAAAAAAGGAUGCUGAGACCAGUUUCACUAUUAAAGUGCCGAGAAGGAAUGUUGGCCCAUCGUCCACCCAGCUGUACAUGGUCCGCACCCAGCUGGAGGCCCUCAUCUCGGACAAGUCGGGCGGGAGACGAACCCUACGCAAAGAUCUGGAUGCUGCGACCCUGCAGCAGAUAGAGACUUUCCACAGGCAGAGCUUUUACUGGAUGUAUAUGCUGAAUUUAGCUGACUCGCUACAGAAGUGUUGCGAUCUCUCGCAGCUGUGGUACAGAGAGUUUUAUCUCGAGAUGACAAUGGGAAGGAAAGUUAACAAAUGCACGGUGCGUCACCAGCAUAACGAAGAAUGCAACGAUCUUAUAACAAUGGAGAAAAGGAUCCAGUUCCCCAUAGAGAUGUCCAUGCCUUGGAUCCUUACCGACCACAUACUGAGGAGCAAGGAACCAGCCAUGAUGGAAUAUGUGUUAUAUCCACUGGAUCUCUACAACGACUCAGCUCAGUACGCUCUAACGGUGUUCCGGAAGCAGUUUCUGUACGAUGAGGUCGAAGCGGAAGUCAACUUGUGUUUUGACCAAUUUGUCUACAAGUUGUCUGAACUUGUCUACGCCCAUUACAAGCAGCUAGCUUCAAGUAUGCUGCUAGAUAAGCGCUACCGAGCCGAAUGUGCCGCUCGAGGCGCUAGCACAGGUUGCGGAGCGGGGAGGUACGCCUCGCUACUGCGUCAGAGACACGUCGCGCUACUGGGCAGACACGUGGACCUGUGCGCGCUCGUCGCUCAAAGGAUAAACGCAGACAUGCACCGUGCUCUGGACGCAGCCGUCGCAAAGUUCGAAGCGGGGGAUAUCACUGGAGUUGUGGAACUCGAAGGUCUGAUAGCCGUCAACCGUCUCUGCCACAAACUCCUCAGCCGCUACCUGUCCCUGGACGAGUUCGAUGCAAUCCUCCGGGAGUCAGACCACGGGGUCCUGGCGCCCUACGGACGAAUCACCCUUCACGUUUUCUGGGAAUUGAAUUACGACUUUUUGCCCAAUUACUGCUACAACGCCGCUACUGAUCGGUUCGUCAAAUGUCGAGGCAUACAGUUUGCGCCUGUGGUUCAGCGCGAGAAACCCCAGCAGUACGGCCACGCGAUGUUGUGGGGUUCGAAGCAGCUCAGUCUGGCGUAUUCAGCCCAAUAUGCCCAGUACAAUGGUUUCGUGGGUCCCCAACACCUCCACGCGUUAGUCCGCCUCCUCGGAUACCAGGGGGUAGCGGUCGUGGUCUCUGAACUUCUGGGGGUAGCCAGAGGCUUACUCCACGGAACACUGGCGCAGUUCACGAGAGCCCUAGCCGCAGCCAUGCCGAGACAUUGCAAACUACCCAGAUACGAUUAUGGAUCCAAUGGUGUCCUGGGCUACUACCACGCGCAGUUGACCGACAUCGUCCAAUACCCAGACGCGAGGACCGAGCUCUUCCACGCGUUCAGGGAACUCGGGAACAUCAUACUGUUCUGCAUGCUGAUUGAACAGGCACUCUCGCAAGAAGAAGUAACCGAUCUACUACACGCGGCUCCCUUCCAGAACAUUCUACCGCGUCCAUACACCGCCGAAGGUGAGAAACCGGAAACGAAGCAGAAGCGUCUAGAAGCGAAGUACGCCGCCCUACAGAUCGUUCAGAAUGUCGAAAAGUACGGAACAGCCAAGCAAAGCCAGCUGUCCCGCGAGGGUGACCUGCUGACGCGCGAGCGGCUGUGCUGCGGCCUGUCGCUGUUCGCGGUGGUGCUGCGGCGGCUGCGGGGCUGCCUGAGCGCGCCGGCCUGGCCCGCGCCGCCCGCCGCGCCGCACCACGCGCCGCUGCACGCCGACGACACGGCCGAGUUCCACAGAUUGUGGUCAGCGCUGCAGUUCCUGUACUGCAUCCCAGUUGGAGACACGCAGUUUACCGUUGAGGAACUCUUUGGUGAGGGCCUACACUGGGCUGGGUGUACCAUCAUAGCCCUAUUGGGGCAGCAAAGACGCUUCGAAGCUCUGGACUUCUGCUACCACAUCCUGAGGGUUCAGCGCGUUGAUGGAAAGGACGAGCUUGUCAAGGGAAUCCCCCUGAAGCGCAUGGUGGACCGCAUCAGGCGGUUCCAGGUGCUGAACUCUCAGAUCUUCAGCGUGUUGGGGCGACACCUCGCCGCUGAUGAUGAACGGGCCGGCGUCGAACACGUGCGCUGUUUCCCGCCCCCCACCGCCUCGCAUCACAACUAGGGGGGUGUGGAGAUAGGUGACCAGCUAGUGGCGGAAACUAGAUGACCAUCUAGCGACUAGAUGACAAUCUAGUAUGUGAAACUAGAUGACUAUCUAAUGUGUGAAGCAAGAUGAUCGUUAAAUAAAUAUAAUUAUGUAGUCUUCUA